ACUAUUCAGCCUUGCAGGCGCCUCUGGCGGGCUGUGUUGAGAUCCAGUCUUUCGGCGUUCGACUCGCCCGUGCUGCUGCUGCCGCCGCCGAAGGAGGGGCAAAGCUCAAGAUGGCGGACAAAACGCCAGGCGGCUCUCAGAAGGCCAGUUCAAAGACCAGAUCAUCAGAUGUUCAUUCAUCUGGAUCUUCAGAUGCACAUAUGGAUGCAUCUGGACCCUCAGAUAGUGAUAUGCCAAGUCGGACACGACCUAAGAGCCCAAGAAAACAUAAUUAUAGGAAUGAGAGUGCCCGUGAAAGUCUUUGUGAUUCUCCUCAUCAGAAUCUCUCAAAACCUCUUCUGGAAAACAAACUUAAAGCAUUCAGUAUUGGAAAAAUGAGUACAGCUAAGCGAACUUUAAGUAAGAAGGAGCAAGAGGAAUUAAAGAAGAAGGAGGAUGAAAAGGCAGCUGCUGAGAUUUAUGAGGAAUUUCUUGCUGCUUUUGAAGGAAGUGAUGGUAAUAAAGUGAAAACAUUUGUGCGUGGAGGUGUUGUUAAUGCAGCUAAAGAAGAACAUGAAACAGAUGAAAAAAGAGGAAAAAUCUAUAAGCCAUCUUCAAGAUUUGCAGAUCAAAAAAACCCUCCAAAUCAGUCAUCCAAUGAAAGACCACCAUCUCUUCUUGUGAUAGAAACCAAAAAACCUCCACUGAAGAAAGGGGAGAAAGAAAAGAAAAAAAGCAAUUUGGAACUCUUCAAAGAAGAAUUGAAACAAAUUCAAGAAGAGCGUGAUGAGAGACAUAAGACAAAAGGCAGGUUAAGUCGAUUUGAGCCACCUCAGUCAGAUUCUGAUGGUCAGCGUCGUUCUAUGGAUGCGCCUUCAAGAAGAAAUAGAUCAUCUGGUGUUCUUGAUGAUUAUGCACCUGGUUCACAUGAUGUAGGAGAUCCAAGCACUACUAAUUUAUACCUCGGAAACAUUAAUCCACAGAUGAAUGAAGAAAUGUUGUGCCAAGAAUUUGGAAGAUUUGGACCAUUAGCCAGUGUGAAAAUUAUGUGGCCUAGAACUGAUGAAGAAAGAGCAAGAGAGAGAAAUUGUGGCUUUGUGGCCUUUAUGAAUAGAAGAGAUGCUGAAAGAGCUUUAAAAAAUUUAAAUGGAAAGAUGAUUAUGUCUUUUGAAAUGAAGUUAGGUUGGGGUAAAGCUGUGCCUAUUCCUCCACAUCCCAUAUACAUUCCGCCUUCUAUGAUGGAACACACACUUCCUCCACCUCCAUCAGGACUGCCUUUCAAUGCACAGCCUAGAGAGCGGUUAAAAAACCCCAAUGCUCCCAUGUUACCACCACCUAAAAACAAGGAGGAUUUUGAGAAGACUCUGUCGCAAGCCAUAGUCAAAGUGGUUAUCCCAACAGAAAGGAAUUUGCUCGCCCUGAUACAUCGAAUGAUAGAGUUUGUUGUACGUGAAGGGCCAAUGUUCGAAGCUAUGAUUAUGAACAGAGAGAUCAACAAUCCUAUGUUCAGAUUCUUAUUUGAAAACCAGACACCAGCCCAUGUUUACUAUAGGUGGAAGCUUUAUUCUAUUCUGCAGGGAGAUUCUCCAACUAAGUGGCGGACGGAAGAUUUUCGUAUGUUCAAAAAUGGAUCGUUUUGGAGGCCACCACCAUUAAAUCCAUACCUGCAUGGGAUGUCAGAAGAGCAGGAAACAGAAGCUUUUGUGGAGGAGCCUAGUAAAAAGGGAGCACUUAAGGAAGAACAGAGGGACAAAUUAGAAGAAAUUCUGCGGGGGUUAACGCCAAGGAAAAAUGAUAUUGGAGAUGCAAUGGUUUUCUGUCUUAAUAAUGCUGAAGCUGCUGAAGAAAUAGUAGAUUGCAUUACUGAGUCAUUGUCCAUCUUAAAGACACCCCUUCCCAAAAAGAUUGCCAGAUUAUAUUUGGUUUCUGAUGUGUUAUACAACUCUUCAGCCAAAGUUGCCAAUGCUUCCUAUUAUAGAAAAUUUUUUGAAACAAAGUUAUGUCAGAUAUUUUCAGACCUCAAUGCUACCUAUCGUACAAUUCAAGGCCAUUUACAGUCUGAAAACUUCAAGCAACGGGUAAUGACCUGCUUUAGAGCGUGGGAAGAUUGGGCAAUUUAUCCAGAACCAUUUUUGAUCAAACUACAAAAUAUUUUCUUAGGACUUGUAAAUAUUAUUGAAGAAAAGGAAACAGAGGAUGUACCAGAUGACCUUGAUGGUGCCCCCAUUGAGGAAGAGCUUGAUGGUGCACCUCUAGAAGAUGUGGAUGGAAUUCCUAUUGAUGCUACUCCCAUUGAUGAUCUUGAUGGAGUCCCUAUAAAAAGUCUUGAUGAUGAUCUUGAUGGAGUGCCUUUGGAUGCAACUGAAGACUCAAAGAAGAAUGAGCCUAUAUUUAAAGUUGCCCCGUCAAAAUGGGAAGCUGUAGAUGAAUCUGAAUUGGAAGCACAGGCUGUAACAACUUCUAAAUGGGAGUUAUUUGACCAGCAUGAAGAAUCAGAAGAAGAAGAAAAUCAAAAUCAAGAAGAAGAAAGUGAAGAUGAAGAAGAUACUCAAAGUUCCAAAUCUGAAGAACAUCAUUUGUACUCUAAUCCAAUCAAAGAAGAAAUGACUGAGUCCAAGUUCUCAAAGUACUCUGAAAUGAGUGAGGAAAAACGAGCUAAACUCCGUGAAAUUGAGCUCAAAGUUAUGAAGUUUCAGGAUGAAUUGGAAUCUGGAAAAAGACCCAAAAAACCAGGCCAGAGCUUUCAGGAGCAAGUAGAACACUACAGAGAUAAACUUCUUCAACGGGAGAAAGAGAAAGAAUUAGAAAGAGAACGAGAAAGAGAUAAGAAGGAUAAAGAAAAAUUGGAAUCUCGAUCCAAAGACAAGAAAGAAAAAGAUGAGUGUACUCCAACAAGAAAAGAAAGGAAAAGGCGACACAGUACGUCCCCUAGCCCAUCUCGCAGUAGCAGUGGUAGACGAGUGAAAUCCCCAUCACCAAAAUCGGAGCGAUCAGAGCGUUCAGAAAGAUCUCAUAAAGAGAGCUCACGGUCCAGGUCAUCUCACAAAGAUUCUCCUAGAGAUGUUAGCAAAAAGGCCAAAAGAUCACCAUCUGGUUCAAGGACACCUAAAAGGUCUAGGCGAUCACGGUCUAGAUCCCCUAAAAAAUCAGGGAAGAAAUCCAGAUCCCAGUCCCGAUCUCCACACAGGUCUCAUAAAAAGUCAAAGAAAAACAAACACUGACAUAAAUUUUUAAGAUGCUGUCAUUUAUUGAAAAUGCGAUUUUGUUUUGUGCCUGAACAGUCUGUUUUUUAAAAAAACAAAAAACAAAAAAUCUAAUGAAAGAGCAUUCCUGGGGUUUUUAUUUGUUUGUGAAUGCAUGUGUAAACUCAUAAGUAACUGCAUCUGUAGAUCUGUCGUUGUUUUAUAUUGUAUAAAUUACUUCCGUUGUGGCUGUUUCUCAAGAUGAAAUUUUUAUUGUGCUAAUGAAUUUCAUCAGAAAUGUGUAUAAUGGAUCUGCUGGCAGUAGUGGUAUUUUGUUUUAGGAUGUUGUGACUUAGCAAAAAAAAUAAUACGGAUGUCUUCCCCCUUUUGUAGCUUUGACAAUUUGAAUUAGAUUUCAAAUAAAAUCUGAAUAGAAAACUAUAAUGUUGUUUUUUUGCCCUAUUGAUGACAUCAAGUCCUACUAAGUGAGUUUAGCACUUCUCUUGUGUUUCUUAUAACUAAUGCACUUUACAAGCCCUGUUGUUCAAGUAGCUGAAGUUUUGUAUUUACUAAGGUGACUAUCAAAAUCUAGGGACCUGAGACUCUUAUUUGGUAGAUUUGCCAACCAGUUUCUUUGAUAAGGUUCCCUUGGGUAAUACUAGUAUGCAGAGAUCAAAAGAUUAGGUGAAUGUGGCAUGGUCUUUUGUUAAUGGAAUACCUGGCUAAAAAAAUUUUUUUUCAAAGAAGCAAUAUAAAUGCAAUACACGUAACCUGUGUCCUGAGCAACUACUUAUUUUCAGGGAAAAACUAUCUUUUGAUUUUACCUUCUGUCAUUAAAAAAAGAAAUUUUCUAACAAUAGUUGGCCAUAGAAUUUUUUAUGAUAGUUGCCUUUUUAUAACCUUCCGUAGACUGUCUUUCAAACACUGGUAUGGGUAUGUUUCUACAAGUUUCUGUUUAAAGCACCUUAGUUGUUGUUACUGGGUUUUUUUUGUUUGUUUUUUAAGAGUUUAGUUAUAGAUUUAGCUUUAAGUAAAAUUCAAAAAUAAAAUAAUUUUCAGGAAACUUAACAUCCAAUGGUUUGUAAUUUCAGAGUACAAAAAUUGAUUUAAACCAUUUGCAGAGUUGAAAUCUGUUACACAGUAGGAGUAAGUUCCUGCAGUAUGAGGAAGAAAUAAGACACCGUAUAUAAUGUUGCACAUAAUAUUGCUAUAAUGUAAUAAAGGGUUAUAUAGACUUGAACUGUCACUAUUCCUAUUUGUGAAUCUUGCUUUCAGUUUUUCAUUUAGGCACUUUACACAGUGGUUUGUUUUUUUCUCAGUAGAGAGUAGAGAACUGUUCUAAUAAUGCAUUGUUUUGAGUUAGCUUGUUUUUAAACAUGUCUCUUAAAGUUAUUUUACUUAAUCUUGCCUAGUCACAAAAUAAAAAAGCUAUACCCAUGAUUUGAGUAGUAGGAAUAUUAGCUGAGCAGUGAGGCAUGUUAUUUUCAAACCCAGUAAACCUACAAUAGCUAUAGAAAUGAGCCAAUCAUAUUAUUUUAUUCAGUGGUUCUUGUCAACAUUCAAUAUUGCUUGAAAGUUAUUCCCUUAUCAUUCACUCUUGUUUGUCCAUAUUGCGAGGAAAUGGUAAUUACUAAAUGUUGCUCAGAAUAAUUAAACAUGAACAUUUGGUGCUGGUUUUUAAAAACCUACACAUACAGCCAUUUUUAAAGUAACAUGCUUUUCUCCCCUAUUCAUUGCCUGGGAGAAUGGAAUUUGAUAUAAUUACCUUUCUUUGCAAAAAUAACAAUGUUGAGUGGCUGGUGAUGUGGGCAUUCCGUCAUUCAUUGGUAUCUAGUAUAUGCUUAGAAAUAAUUGGUCAGGUGGUGAUUUUGCCAGUCAAGUUGCAACGAAUGCUUGUUUUUCUCUUUUAAAAAUAUCCUUGAGAAGCAGGGGUGAAUAGAAAUUGUUAGUUUUGGGUGCUUCUUUGUAGUUUUUCCUACUGCAAUGGAAUUUAGCAGUUCUUUUAAAUAUGGAUCCAGAUAUACCCAUCAUCAUUUAUCUUAGAGUGGGUAAAACUGCUGCUUUUUUGGGCGAUGGGUGGGGGUUGCUUAGGCUUGAUAGAAUAUGUAUUCUGUGAAGUUUGUUAAUGUGCGUGUUAGAUUGUAUUGGAUUUUUUCCCUCUGGAAUUGCAAAUGGUUUUGUUAGAUGGGUUAUUUCCAACUUAAUACUUAAGGAGAAAAUAAUCUAGAGUAAGUGUGUUUAAUUCUCCAUGAAAGCGUAAGGGUCAGAAAUUGGUAAAUUGUAAAGGGGAGAGAUAUCUACCAUAUUUUUAUAAGAGCAUAUUAUUCAUCUGAUUCCUAUCUAAACGCUUACCAAAAUUUCUACAGGUUGACUAAAAUGUUCAUAGGCAUGGCAGUUCAGUUAUAGGAAGUACCUUGUUCCUGGCUUUGUAGUAGACAGUUAUCCUCCACCACAGCUGCAUAUAAGAGGAGAUCUUCUGUUGUCUACUCUUUUUAUAAAGGGCAUAGCUUCAACUCUUUAUUCUCCAGUCUAACGUUUAUACACAGGGAUUCCUUACCAGGUUAAUACCGUUUAGUCUUCUUCUCUUGAGCAGGUGAGAGGAAGUAAAUAAAUGGUGGUCCAUUUCUUACCAAAGAGAGGCCUGUGAUUGAAAAGAAUCAUGUCUGUGGAUCUUUUCUUUGACUUUAUAUUUCUUUAUUACUAUUAGUAAGUUUAUGGGCACUUCUGAACUGUAACUUGUUGAGAAGUUAGAGAUUAAAGAACUAAAACAAAAACCCCUGACCCAAAAGAGUGCUUUUAUUUGGCUCAGAAUAUUCUUGGCAUUUCUGCUAAAGUUUGCAGCCAUUACUAUACACUGACCUGAUUUUUCUUUAUUGCAGACCAUUCCUAUGGGCUUACCCUGAGACUUUUAUCCCAGUUACAGAAUCUUGGAGGAAAUACUUGCUUAUGACUUCUGUAUCCCUCCCGCCCCCAAGAUUUAAUAUUCUUGAGCAUUUGAAAAUAUUUAAAAGAAAUUCUAAUCAUGGUCUAAUUUAGGUUAUUAGAAAUAGUCUACAUAUUUGCCUCCAUGGUAGUGUAAGUUCUAAAGAAUUAUAUGGCCAUAAUAAUAGUUUAUGAUUGUUAAAAAUGAGAUAAAAUAAGUAUUGCCAAAGUGACUUAACCAAUUCUGGUGACCACAAUAGUGUGACUUCUUUAGUAGAGCGACUUGUUUUUAAAAAUAAACAGUAUCACUUUUCUAAGAAAAUAAGAGCAUUUUUUCCCUUGGUUGUUUUCCUCUUCUAUUAUAUGUUAAUGGGAAAAGCUACAGAAAAUUCAGUGUGGGUACUAAUGAAGAUACUAGUAUAAAUUUAAAGGAACAUGUGACUGUAAAAAUUCACAAAGUGCUUAGUUUCUUCAUAAUUCAUUCAUUUGCAUGUUUUAGAAUAGGUUUUAGGGGAUAUUUAAUUCAUUUUCUUUUUGGCAUUUUUCUUUAUUUUGGUUAUCAACUUCCCAGGACUUUGAUAAUACACAAAUACAAAUCCCAGGGGAAGUGUUGGGAUGCUAGAUGAACAGGUGGGAAUGUGCUGCUGUCCAGAGUGAGCCAUGUUCCAGUGUUGAGAAUUCAAUGCCUCAGUGUUUAUUCAGUACCACCUCAUGGAACUUCAGUGUAAACAGAUAUUAUAUGUAUAAUUGGUUAUUUAUAUAGUUUUGUAGAUCCAUAGAUAAAAUGCCCUCAUUCAUUUUUAUAUGUAAUUGUGUUUGGAGUAUUUGUGUUUUAUUCUUUGACUAAAGCAGGCUCUUGUAUGUUAUAUCUUUGGUGAUUUGAAGUAUCAGGAAAGACAAAUUUUCAGAAAUGAGGAAAAUGUAGUUGAAAUCUGCUUAGCCGAAAUAUUCCACAGCAAGACAAUUUCUUUUGGGUGAACUGAUUCCGUAAUGUAGUUACACUUGAUGUAAGGAUUAAGUUUAUUGUGGAGCUGCUUUCCAGACUGUCACUUUAUAGUUUUUUCUACAUAAAGAUUAUAUAGUUGCAAACAAAGGUUGUGGAAUUUUGCUUUUAUUGUUGUUUUUUGACUUUUAAUUACUUUAAUAAAAAACAUUGUUUUCAUAGCAAA